AGAAAGUACACCUCAGUUCUACUUCACACACAAGAAAUUCAGCGUCAUUUCAAAUGCAUUUGAGGGGCAAUAGCAUAUGGGCACCUCUUCCACACCUUCCUAAAAGUUAAAACGCCAAGAAGGGGGAGGAAGAAAGAAAAGAGAAAUGGCAGCUUCAGGUUCUCUGUUCAGCAUAGCCAAAUCUGUCCUCGAGAAAUUGUUACCACUGCUUCAACAGGAGUUAGCACUUGCCUGGAGCCUGGGAUCCGAGCUAGAGAAGCUGAAGGGUACAGUGACUGCCAUUCAGGCAGUUCUGCUAGAUGCAGAGGAGCAGCAGGAACACAGUCAUCAAGUCAGAGACUGGCUCGAGAAGCUGACUGUAGUGCUGUAUGAUGCUGAGGACCUACUUGAUGAUUUCGCCGUAGAGGUCGAAAGGGGUCGGCUUGGUGGUAAUUCAGAUGACUGCAGAAUUCGCUGCUGGACCGUGGUAUGCUUCCUUUACUCCCUUCCAAACCGUUUGAUUUAUGGUCUUAGAAUGGCUCACAAGGUUAAGGCUCUGAGAGAGCAAUUGGAUGUCAUAUGCAACGAUAACGCCAAAUUGCAUCUGAGUCCUCGUUUUGACGAGACAUGGAAAAUGAGGAAGCAUAGCCACACUAUUUCGUCCAUACCCGACAUAGUUGUUGGUAGAGAAGAUGAUGUGAGACACAUUAAGAAGCUUCUUCUGUCUGGUGAUAAUGAUGGUAGUGGGAAUGUUGUUUCCAUACAUGGAAUUGGUGGGAUGGGGAAGACAAUGCUUGCUCAGCUCAUUUUCAAUGAUAAGGAAGUGAGGGAGGAGUUUAAGUUGAGGUUGUGGGUCUGUGUCUCAGAGUCUUUUGAGGUCAAGUCAAUUGUUCAAAAGAUUCUAGAGUCCAUCACUGGGGAAAAACAAGAUGAUCUGGAACUCAAUACGUUGAAAGAUCACUUGGUUGGGCAUAUUGAAGGGAAAAAGUAUCUUCUUGUACUGGACGAUAUGUGGAACUUCGAUCCACAGAAAUGGCAAGUGAUCAGAUCUGUGCUCAAGUGUGGCGCUAGUGGAAGCAAGAUCUUGGUCACUACGAGGUUCCAAAAUUUUGCAAAAAUGAUGAGUCGCAGCUCUAGUGCUCCACCUUAUGCUCUGAGUGGUCUAUCACCCCAUCAAUCAUGGUCACUGUUUAGGCAAGUUGUGUUUGAUCAAGAGGAGAAGGAACCAACGAUUAGCGUUGCAGAUUUUAGCGUGGAAGAGAUUAAACAGGAGAUCAUUAAAAAGUCUGCAGGGGUUCCUUUAGCCGUAAGAACAAUAGGAACCUUGCUGUAUUUUAAAGAUCGUCGAACUGAGUGGUUGCCUUAUCUUAGGUCGAAUAAACUCUUAGAUGCGGGACAUAAGAAUAGCAUGCUACACAACCUGAAGCAGAGCUACGACUAUCUUCCAUCACAUUUGAAGCAUUGUUUUGCAAUUUGUAGCUUAUUACCUAAGGACCACACUAUAAUUGUCGGAUCGUUGAUCCAGCUUUGGAUUUCUCUGGGGCUUAUCAAGUCAUCAUCACCUACUACUGAUUCCAAACAAAGUUUACUUGAUACAGGUCUGGAGUGGUUUAUGGACCUCGCAUGGAGGUCUUUCUUCCAAGAAAUCAGACCAGGCCCUUCGAUCCCCAUAUCUACCUGUAAAAUGCACGAUCUAAUCCACGAUCUUGCAGUCUCAGUAGCUGGGUCUAACUGCAAGCUAAUAACUGGCCCUAUGGAUGGAGUCAAUGAAAAGACUUACCAUGUCUCCUUGUCACAUAGUUCGUGGUGCCCUUCGGAGAUGGUAGGUCUACUUGGGAGUGCCACACGACUGCGGACAUUUUCUGUGUAUUGUAACCCGUGGUAUGAGUCAGGCACAAGUUGGGAUGAGUCAACUUUCAAAUCUUUCGUGUCCAAAUUUGGAAGCCUACGCAUUCUCGAGUUCCCAAAUUGUGGGAUGGAGAUGGUGCCCCAAGACAUCCAGAAACUAAAACAUCUUAGGCAUCUCGACCUCUCGUACAAUGACAAGAUUACCAAGCUACCAAACUCUAUCACGAUGCUUCACAACUUGGAAGUGCUCUUACUCAACGAGUGCAAAAACCUGCUGGAGCUGCCAAGAAAUAUCAACAAGCUUGUGAAUCUAUGGUGCCUUGAUUGCCAAAAUUGUUUUGCUCUAACUCACAUGCCACCGCAGUUGGGGGAACUGACUGCUCUCCAAACAAUGACCCUUUUCGUGGUGGGCAAAGAGAAGCAUAUGGGUGAGCUGAACGAGCUAGCCAGGCUAUCGAACUUGAGAGGCUUUCUCCAAAUUGUAAACCUGAAAAGCCUUCUUCGCUCAGUGAUACUUUCAUCACCAGUACCACCACCACCAUCGAUUGCAUAUGAGAUUGGUGUAAAAGCAAACUUGAAACAGAAGCACCAUCUUGAGCAGCUGGUCUUGGAGUGGACCGGUGGUGACUAUGACAAAGAAAAAGAAGAACUGGACGAACACCUAGAGAGAUCAACAUCCCAAGAUGUCGGUCAAUGGGAUGAAAGUUUAAUAGAAAGCCUUCAACCUCACUUGAACCUGAGACUCUUGUCAGUGCGUGGGUACACAGGCGAGAGAUCUCCUAGUUGGAUUUCAUCUCUAACUAACUUGGUUGCUCUUCAGCUGGCUUGUUGCAAAGUGCGUUAUGGUUUGCACCAUUUGGAAGGAUUGCCAAUGCUUAAAAGGAUCGUCUUUAGGAAAUUGAUCAUGUUGGAGUACAUAGACGAAGAUGAAGAUAAUGGACAAAUAAGACCAUUAUUCUUCCCUUCCCUGGAGGAACUCUAUGUGAGUGUUUGCCCCAAACUAAAGGGAUGGAAAAGGAAGCCAGUAACAACCCAAUUUCCCAACCUUUCUACACUGUGCAUACUGCAAUGCCCUCUGCUUACCUCGGUGCCAUUGUUCCCAACACUUGAUAAGAAGUUGAUGUUGGUGAACACCAGCCUGGAACCUUUAUUGCAGACAAUGCUAAUGAACAUGUCUAGCUCCUCCUCGACUAGUUAUGGUUCCCAGUUCCCGGCUUUGUCUAAACUGAAGAAGUUGCAUAUCAAGCAAAUUCAUAAUCCUCCGAGAAGGUGGCUGCAGGGGAUGCAGCACUUAAUUUCUUUGCAGAAGAUUGAGAUCGAGGAUUGUUCAGGACUAGAGAAGACUUCGGAUUGGCAUGAAAUCACCCAUGUUCCAAACAUCACUAUUGAUGGCUACUACAUUAACGAAGAUGGGCAGUCUUUGUGGGAUGAAAAUGAGUGGAACAACUUUCCUUGGAUACUGAAGGUGAAGUCCUAA